GCCGCUGCGCGCGCAGCUGUCAGACAAUCAGGACCAGAACCAGCUCCCACCCAGCUGCUCCCGUUAACUGGAUUAACUCUCAACUAGCUGCUGUCUGCCGAGCCCACCCUCUCCGUCACGCCACCCUGAUCCCCCCCGCCCUCCGUCUCCAACUCUCAGCUCUGUUCUGCGGUCAUGGGGCGCGCGCUGCUUCCUUUUUUCCGGGACAUCUGACUGCGCUGAGCCGGACUGCAGGUGGAUUUAUGGUCGGCAGAGCCGCGAUCAUCAGCCGGGGGUAAACUAUUGGAAGUUUGAGCUCCGGGAGGAUGCAGGUGACGUCCUGGUGCGCCGUGUUCGUCCUGACGCACGCGCUUUGCCUGGUUACAAGUGUCCAAGCCUCAAGAUCAGACAUUGUAAAGUCAGGAAGCCCAAAGUCCACGCUAAAGCAUAUAUGGACAGAAAAUGGCAAAGAAAUGUCCAUCAGUAGGCUCCUAUCACAGACUCUGCACGGCAAAGAGAACAGCACAGCCUUGGGCCUUCGCUAUGACACUCCUGAGCCCUACUCAGAGCAGGACCUGUGGGAAUGGCUGAGAAACACCACAGACCUGCAGGAUUCCAGGCCUCGAGCUAAACGGCGGCCCAUGGUUAAGACGGGAAAGUUUAAGAAGAUGUUUGGCUGGGGGGAUUUCCACUCCAACAUAAAGACAGUCAAACUCAAUCUGCUGAUCACUGGAAAAAUCGUGGACCACGGCAAUGGCACCUUCAGUGUCUACUUCCGCCACAACUCCACGGGUCAGGGCAAUGUAUCCGUUAGCUUGGUCCCUCCAACCAAGAUAGUGGAGUUUGAUAUGGCAGCACAGCAGUCGGUCAUUGACGCCAAGGACUCAAAGUCCUUCAACUGCCGCAUCGAGUACGAGAAGGUGGAGAAGGGUGCAAAAAACACACUCUGCAACUUCGAUCCCUCCAAGACCUGCUACCAGGAGCAGACCCAGAGUCACGUCUCCUGGCUCUGCUCCAAACCUUUCAAAGUUAUCUGCAUCUUCAUUUCCUUCUACAGCACCGACUACAAACUAGUGCAGAAAGUGUGUCCAGACUACAACUACCACAGUGACACACCCUACUUCCCCUCUGGCUGAUGCUCCUGCACUGCACAUGCACCACAGAGGAUAAGUGGAGCACAUAUUGGUGGUUCUACCCAACCCUGAGAGAUGCAUAUGUUAGCCAUGCUUUCCCUCAACAUGUACACACACCAGUCUGCCAUCCUGACAUUUUUCUUUUCUUUUCUUUAAUCAGUGUUCUAGUUUCGGUAGAGAGUAGUUAACUUCUGUUACCAAACACGGCACAUAGUCAAAUGUUAACCUGGAAAAACGACGUGAUAACUAAGAUGUAUUUUCUUUAGAAUUUGUUUAUUUGUCCCUAACAAUCCAUGUUUAGUUUGCUUGGGCUUUUUUUGUUAUUGUAUUUGUCACUGUUUAAUUUUACUUAGUUUUAUUUACUAAUCCUAGACCAGUAACCAGCCCCGUACUGCUCCUUUAAUAUUUCAGUUUUAAUCCAGCAUAUUUCUACAUAACGUUUGGGCUGAUUGUCUCUGCUGCGCUGCUCACGCUCUGCAGUUUAUAACUAGGAAACAGAUUAAAACCCUUAUUAAAAAAGAAAGAAAAUAAUGUUUUUACAAGAAUCUGGUGAUGAGUUUGGUGCUUUUGUGAGGUGGUCUUACCUGCAGAGGGGUGAGCUGGGACUGAGCAGGCUUAUUCCUCUCAGUAUCGUCAGAAAACGUGACCUGUAACACCCUCAACCCUGAGUUUUCAUGUUGUCUCUUAGUGACAGCAGGUGUUAAGAUGGUUGGAUGAUGACUGAAUGUCUGAACAAUUAGUGGGUUUUUUGCUUUUGGGGGGGUGGAGGGGGGCUUUGCUCAUUUUCACUUAAUAUAUCAAAUGUAAUGUAUUUAAUUCUAUAUCUAAAAGUUUAAUUUGUAUGAAUGGUUUGUAAUGUACAUAGUUUAUCCCAAUAAUGCUGCUUCUGUACAAUUCUCCAUGAGAUGUGUGUCCCCCCCUUCCCCUCCUCCACACCUACUCUCGUUCUUCUAACAAACAAAUUGUUGUUGCUGACCUUAGAUGUGCAUUUUAUGAAAACAGCAAUCCUGUACAGAAGUUACAAAACUGAGUAAAUAUAUCUAAAUUAUUCUCAAACCUUUCUUUCUUGGGGGGACGGAGGGCUGGAAACAAGAAUUAAAGAAAUCAGUUAAUUUUA